UCACACAAAAAUCAUUGUAGGAUUCCACUUGUGUGAGGUGCCUCGAACAGUAAAAUUCACAGCCAGAAAGCAGGAUGGUGCUGGUCGGGGGAUGUGGGAAGAGGAGAACGGACAGUUAUCGGUGAAUGAAUACAGAGGUUCCAUUUUGGGAAGAUGAAAACAUUCUGGAGGUGAAUGGUGGUGACGGCUGGACAAUGUGAUUGUACUUGAUGUCACUGAACGGGACACUUCAACAAUGCUUAAGAUGAUGCGUGCGUAUGGAUCUCUCACCACAAUUAAGAAUAAAAACUUGGAGCAGUGUGAAGAAGAGGAGGCGAGAACAACCCCCGGGCCCAUCAAAGCCCACGCACCACUGCGCCCAGCGCCUGCAUCCCACGGCCAUCGCCACUAUGCCCAGGAGAAAGGCGGAAGGGGACACUAAAGGAGAGAAAGCUAAGGUGAAGGAUGAACCACAGAGAAGAUCUGUGAGGUUGUCUGCUAAACCUGUUCCUCCAAAGCCAGAGCCCAAGCCUAAAAAGGCACCUACAAAGAAGGGAGAGAAGGUACCCAAAGGGAAAGAGGGAAAAGCUGAUGCUGGCAAGGAAGGGAAUAGCCCUACAGGAAAGGGAGACGCCCAAACAGACCAGGCGCAGGAAGCCGAAGGUGCUGGAGAUGCCAAGUGAAGUGUGUGCAUUUUUGAU